AUGACGACUGCCGCAAAAUUGUUGCUUUUGACUACCGUAGUCGCUGCUUUGGCAGCCACCACCUCGGCUGGCUUCUUAGACUACAUUUUCCCCACCCUGAUGACGGAGUUCUAUAACCAGGCACCCACCAAGGAUGGCUAUAGUUUUGAACAGAGCGAGCCAAAUGGCAGCAAACGUGAGGAGAAGGGUGUGAUCAUGAAUCCGGGCACCCCGGACGAACAGCUGGUCGUUAUGGGCAUGUACUCGAGCUACGAUGAGAAAACAGAUACGGAGACCAUGACCGUCUAUACAGCCGAUAAGGAUGGUUACCGAUCUCGCUAUCAAAUCAAGAACCGUAAACUGAGCCCCGGCUCCCUGAAAUCCGCUGCUGGUUAAACAGUGAAGGAAUGCAUUUUCUGAAUAUCUGGUCAACAUUUGAAAAUAAAAGUGAUAGUUAAAAAACA